UAGUUUUAAGCGAGGUCUGUAUACCCAGUGUACGCUCCACUGACCUGCCCAAAAUGAACGGCCCUCUUUGUAUGAUGUUUGGUUUCCUUAUUGCAUUAACAUUGCCGUUAAUGACGUUAUCAGCGAAUGUUGCGGAGAACGGGGCACGUAUCAAACGUCAGCCGCAAUUGCUGGGCGCGUUAUUGCAAGGUGUCCUCACUGGGCAGAGUGGUAUUCCUGGUUACGUGCCAGGCUAUUCACCUCUUUAUGCGGCUGGUUUGGGAAGUUAUGGCCAUCAUGGCCACAGGCCUGUCGGGGGUUUCUACGGUGGUUAUCCCGGUUACGGCAGCCAUCAUGGCGCACACCACGGUGGUCACGGCAGCUACGGCGGACACGGGCACGGCCAAAGCUCAGGCGGACAUGGACAUGGGCUAAGUGGAGGACACGGACAUGGAUUAGGAUCAUUAGGGACUGGCAUUCACGCAAGUAGUGGACACGGACAAGGAACACAUGGCUACGGAUCAGGUGGGCACGGAGCUGGCACUCACGUCCACGGAACAGGAUCGACUGGUCAUGGCACCGGUCAUGGACACGGUGGAACUGGAAGCCACGGAACUAGCAGCCACGUUCACGGAACAGGAUCAGCUGGGCACGGAGGUGGUUACGGACACGCUGGAAUUGGGGGACAUGGAACUGGUGGGCACAUUCACGGGGCAACAUCCACAGGGCACGUAACUCACGGACACGGUGGAACUGGAAGUCAUGGAACAGGCGGACACGGUGUUGGUGGGCACGGGCAUGGCAAUCACGGCCACGGUCAUCAUAUUCUUUAACAUCUUCCAUAAUCAUGCUCUCAAAACAUUUGCAGACAGUCAAAGGAUAUGGUAGAUAUACCAACACUGGUACCACUGCGAUAGGUAACCCUGUCAUGUUCGCCAAUCGUCUUGUUUAGCUUAUCGUUUGAAAUCGUUAUUUGCCUAGUUAACAAGAGAGUUGUGUGCUGACUUAUAC